ACUAUUUUGAAUUAAUUGCUUCACCAUUUUUCACUUAUAAUCUAUAUUUAAAGUUAAAGGAAACGUGACAUAACCUUCACAAAACAUAAUAUGACUGAUCCAAAGGAACCAAACGCAAAAUCUUUGGAGAAGAAAAACUCUUCUUCAGAGAGAAAGGCUGGGAAGAAAGGUCGAAUUAGGCCAAGAAAUUAUGAUUUAGGAAAUGGUGUUUAUAGAUUUAGCCGUACUCGUAUGUUCCAUAAAAAGGCCAUUUAUAAAUUUCUUGGCAAGAAAACUCCAAAAACCGUUAAGCCUAAAAAGCCAGUAACCAUUGAAAAGAAAAUCAGUGGUGAUAAAAAUGGAGAGAAACGUAUUGUAUUAUUGAAGAAAAGACGUGCAAAUUAUCCUACAGCAGAUCCAGUAACUGUACAUCAUGCUAAGAAAUGUUUCAGUGAUCAUCAACGUUAUUUAAGGUCUUCUUUGAAGCCAGGAACAAUUUGUAUCCUUCUUGCUGGGGCUCAUAAGGGAAAAAGGGUUGUUUUCCUAAAACAGCUUAAGAGUGGUUUACUCUUAGUCACAGGUCCUUUUUUGAUCAACGCUUGCCCGCUUCGAAGGGUUAGCCAGAACUAUGUAAUCGCUACAUCUACGCGUAUUAAUAUUUCCGGUUUGAAAAUUCCAAAUCAUGUUAAUGACGAUUAUUUCAAAAGAAAACGGGAGAAACGUGCGAAGAAGGAGGAAGGUGAUAUUUUCACCAAGAAGAAGGAUGAAUACAAACCAAGCGACCAGAGAAAGGUUGAUCAGAAAGUGGUGGACAAAUUUAUUAUUUCUGCUAUCAAGAAAAAUAAAGAGAAGAAAAUGUUAUUUACUUAUUUGUCAGCAAUGUUUGGCUUGAGGAGCAGCCAAUACCCUCACAGAUUAAAGUUCUAAUCUUUUAUGAUUUGAAUAUAAAUACACAAUAAAUACAAAAACAGUAAA